AAGAAAAAGAAAAAGUUUAUGCAGGUCCCCCACCAGCUGCCAGUUCCAUAACUUUGCUUUCAAGACCAUUCAACUAACUAUCCAGAUUGUUGUUGGAGUAACAACUCUAAUAUCCUCCAAGCAAUGAUCCUGUGUUUGUGUUGAAGAAAAUUGGGUUUCAAGCUAUGUGAUGAAUAAGAAGAGCAUUUUGUUGAAGGCAUGGGAGAUUGUCUUUCCGUUCAGAAGAGGAAAGACCCAACAAUGGAGCUUAAUUGCUCUAUCAGUUCACAGAAAGACAAAGUUCAAAUUCAAUCACCUAUAAAGGGAAGGGCAAUUGAUGGGGAGGAGCACUUGAUGGAUGCAGUAAAUUCCAAGCCACAGUCAUCUCCAUUGCCUUACAGAGACAGUUUCAAGGAUCUGACUAAUAACGAUGAACUGUAUUUCGAUUCGCAAGCUUGGAUAGAUUCUGACAAUGAAGAUUUCGUUAGCCUAAAUGGUGAUUCUACUCCAUCAUAUGAAAAAACUCCAGCUAAACAGAGCAGCUUACCAGGAAACACUCUGAGCGAAAGAUCUGUGAUCGUCAAUAAGACUCCUAAUUCCUCACCGGAACCCUCUCCAACGGAUAUGAAGAAGCAAUUAUUUGAAUUUUUCCAUGAAAAAUCAAGCGAUGAUGACUCGGAUAAUGCCGAUCAAAGUUUCAAAGUAGCAGUGGAUGCCAAGCCUAUCAUCACUUGUUCAUUCUCACCAAAAUCUACAAACCCAAGUAGAUGCGGAUCCUUAGCAAACUCCUCUGUUUGCAAUUUCAGAACAACUUCGAACAGAGGCUCAAAUACUGGGAAAGUGAAAUCGACGCAAUCUUCGCAAUGCUGCCUUUCAAUUCCAAACUUGGUGCGGAGCCUGAGUGAGAGGAAAAAGAGGCAAACCUGACCCCCCAUUGGUGGGUUGUAGGCCAAGCUAACAUUAUCUGCAAGUGUUUGGUUAGCUUUCUGCCUAUGAUUCUUUACAAGAUAUACAUAUAUGAUAUUAUGGCCAGUUCUCAGGUGCAGACGUCCGGGCAAUAGUGGACCUUCGUAAUAUAUAAAGUUAUGGACAUCCAUGUUAGCAGACGCGUAUAAUAUAUUACUAUUUAUGUGAUGAUACCAAAAAAAUGUAUUGGAAUCCUCAUCUUCCAAUACCCACAAAUGCUUAUGCCAAGCAUUAGGUUUUCUGCAUAUUAUGUGUGUAUACUAUAUUUUUGUAGCUAUCAUCUUUGUUCAAUUUCCUCUCUUGCCUUCAUACUUGGUCUCCAGCUUAUAAAUUUUCAAAAUUGGGAAGCUAGCCUGAUGUAUUUCCUAAACCAUUUAUGAAAUUAUUUUGACAAUCUAUAUGAGAAUUUUUCAUCCAGCAACUCAAUAGAGAAGUAAUGGAAAUCUGCAUCUAUCAGAAUUCAGAAGUUCUUUGCUGUGCUUGUCUAUCAUGCUACAAAGAUUGGAUGAGUUGAGCAAAUGGGAGAUAUACUUCAUGCGGAAUGUUUGCCAAGACUAGGAUGAGUUGAGCGAAUAUGGUUGGACACACCAUAAUGGAUGUGAUUUUGGACACCAGGGACUAGUUAACCAAGAGAUGGUCUCGAGGAUUGCUCCACAAGAAUAUUGCUCUCAGUGAGAAUCGAACAUAGAG